AUGCCACCAAAAAACAAAAAUCGAAAGAACAAAACCCACAAGCCUACCCCUUCUCCUGACACUUCUGCCUUAGCGGAGGAAAGCUUUGGAGUGGGUUCACUUCCAGUGGAAGAUCCCUUAGAUAGGGAUGCGGCAGCCACCAUUUCCAGAGAUGCGUCCCUCGGCCAAAGCCAACGGAUACACAGCACCAUAUUCAGAAAUUCAAGCGAGGGGAGAGGCGCUAAAUCACGUGAGAAUGGGGAUGAUGCUCUUGAUGCUGACGACAAUCCUCUUGUUGAUUCAAUUCUCCAGAUUCUUCUGAGCGGCACCACCCCAGUAAGCCAGGCGGUAGACACUAUUUUGAGCGUCUAUAAGCAAAACGAUCCAGUAAACGCUUUAUGCGUGGUGCUUAAUCUCAUCGCCAAAGCUUCUGGUGUUACGGAGGUUGAGCUGGACGCCGAUGCCUUUACGGAUGGAAUAGACAUCACUUCCUUGUUAGAGGAGCUGUAUGUCCGCGUACCGGAAGACGCCAACGCCUAUUUCUUGGUCAACAAGGAUCCCAAGUAUCGUCGCUUUCGUCGAAGAUUUCCUAAUUUAUUCGAAACCCUUAUGGAGCGUGCCUUCAUCAAUGAUGCCCUUCUUGAUGGUACCUUGUUGCCGACUCUUGCAAGGUGGUUCAUCAGCAUGAGCGAAAGCAAAUCGCGCAGUUUUCGGCAUACCGCUACGGUAGCCAUUUUAGGCCUCAUCCAAGGUCUCAACGAACUCAUGACGCAACUUCAGAAUCGGAAUGUGACGACACGCACCAAAAAGGAUGUCAAGGCGAUUGGGGAAAAACUAGAAAGCCUCGCGCAAUGGAGAGAUCACUUCUUUUCUCAGGCCAUCCAUCAGCGUCUGCGCGACAUCGCCGCAGAGAUACGUCUUUGUGCGGUUCAGUACCUGAAGGAGUGGAUCUGGAGCUUUCCAGACGAAUUUAUGGCAAACAAGUACUUACGUUAUUUUGGAAUGACUUUGCACGACCCACGACCGGAGCUUCGUGCCGAGUGCUUGGAUAUGAUCCUGCAGGGGCUGGCUCGCCUGCCGGAUGCAUACAACCGAAUGCAUCUUUUCCUUCAGUAUUUUGCCAGCCGUUUGGUUGAGAUGUGUAACGAUAUUGACAUCAGAUGCACGGAAUUGGCCAUUCGCGUGGUUGCCAUGUUGGUGCGUACCGACAGCAACGCGUCGGAUCGCAGCGAAGUGCUCUCUAAUGAAAUGAUUGAUCGCGUGCUUUUGACUCUAUUCGACGAGCGACCAACUAUCCGGCACGCGGCAGGUGUCUUGUUGAAGGUCUUCAUUCAUUGCCGAACAGCUGCGGAGGAAAGUGAGGCAGAGCAGGUGGAGGCCGCAACGGAAUUGUUGUGCUCCUUUGUCAGAACCCUGCGAACACAGCAUCAGGAGCGGAUGCCGGAGAAGUACUUAGUUGAUGCUCUGUGGAAUCCAGAGCAGCCGCCCCUGAUUCUGACGUCAUAUGAGCCCAUUCUCAAGCAGGUUAAGGCCUCUGCAUCGCCGCUCGAUCUCGUUGUUUGCGUGAGGCUCUUGACGUCACUGAUUCAGAAAAUAAAUGGAAAGUUGGAGCUUGGACCAGCACCAAAGGAUGACCGCCGAAAUGCGAACCAUGCCAAGAGAGCAAACGCGUCCGCUCAAAAAAAGGUAGACGAUCUUGUGCGAAACGUCAGUGAGGGUCUUGGCCUUGCGCUUUGUGGCGUCAUGGCAAAACAACGUGGUAAUCCAGAAGUCUUGUGUGCAGUGGCUGAUUCUGUGCCAGCUCUUGAUUUGUCGAUCUUUACGUCACGGCAGCAGGUCUCAACCCUAUCGGACUUCAUGCUUGAACUGCGCAAGGCCACCACAACCGUUGUCUUGCCUACAGUUAUAUUUGGUCUAGAUAGUACCCACGACGCAUUAGUACGUGCUUGGCAUGCACUUGCCUUUAGCGUAAGUCCCUUGCAGAGUAUCGCUCAAGGGCAUCUUCAGGAAAUACUGAGCCAAAUCGUCAAGCAGCUCGUGCAGGUGGAAAAUGCCUUUUCCUCAACCACGAAACAUCAUUUUAAGAGAGAAGAGGAGCUGAUUCAUAUAUGGGGCCGUUUCAGCUUAAUCGCAUCUCUCAUACCUACCGCAGAUCACUGGGAUAGCAUCAAGAAGGCGCUCCUAGGUCAGGUUCAUCAAGAUACUACGGUAAACAUCGCCUGGCUUCGCCUUUCGGCGUUUGUCAUUGAUGCCGCUAUGAACAGCCUCCUGUCGCAGAUCAACAAUGAACAACAGACGGAAGGUGUCAUUAGCGCGAUGCCGAUCUCCGAGCGCAUCUCAGAUCUUGUAGGAUUCCUUCUUCAGACCUUAGCAAUCACCACGGAGGGGUUAGCCCACCAGGACAAUAGCGGGUCCUCACCACAGGACUCCUCAGGGACCCAGCACGAUGAAGGGUCCGCUUUGUUGAGUGUGAGGUCCCUCUCUCUCCACCUGAGGGUCCGGGCGCUGGGAUACCUGUUCGACAUGGUCGCGCUUUCCUAUUAUGACGUGCCACUGAACGAGCAAUAUACUCUCGUUAAACGCUUCGAGGAAGUCUUCGAAGUUCUUUGUACACAGUUGCGCGAUGCACAGGAACAUUUGAAAGCCAUAACCAACGCAUAUAAAAGUGAUAAAUGCGUGGUAUCACGCAUCGCGGAGGCUCGUCAUCAGUGUACCCACAUCGAGGCGACCCAGAUGCAUCUGGUUGUUGGACUUUGCCGUUUGUUCCUUUUCAAGCGUCUGGGUGUGGGUCUGGCGCCACGUGUAUUAACUCAGUGGACACACAGCUCCUCCAAGUCGGUGUCCGAUAUCUUUAAGAGUCUCUUUAAUGUCUUGCGUAACAUGGCCGGCGGAAGCUUCGAAAUUGAGCGCGAUAUUCUCGUUGAGGCGUACAAUCGAUGUGCUGAGGUAGGUGCAACGCCGAUUUCUGUGGAUGCUCUCUACCAAAUGGGCUCCAAGUUGGCGUCGAUGCAUUUCUUCGCCGCUGACCGCUACUACGCAUCCUGUAAACAUUUGGUUCAAUUUGCAAUCGACUUUGCGAUCACUACGGACCCACUUAUUCUUCAGGCUGUCAUUCCGUAUUGUAGCAAGCUGCGCGUAGUGGAUGCGAUUCAACUCUUGCAGCAUGAUCUACCCAAAGGUGGAGAUCUCUUUACGAAUUCAGUGAACACAUAUGUGCGUGCAUUCCUGAGCUCGUUGCACCGGGCAGCAAAGUUGGAGGAUGCACCAUUGCCCGCAUCAUCAACAACAGUGAAGCGUCCGAGGGAGGUAACAUUGCAACAGCAUGACGAUGAGGAUCUUCUAGAGAUCAUCGCACAAGGGCUCCCGACUGUUGGUGUGCCCGACCACUCCAAUGAUGUCCAAGACAGCGCUUCACAACGACCACGUCGCCCAGGUAGCUUUGCUCGCACUUCGGCUUCGUCUCAUCAUGGUAAAAUAUCGAUCUCAUCUCGUAUGGUUAAUAGGGAUGGUUGGCAUGUCCCUGCGGGGUCGCAAAAUUCGCAGGAAUCUGAAGGGGUCUUCGUAGCACUCUCCCCGGAUGAUCAGCAGAGAGUUGCACCAGGAGACCACCACCGUCACCGCUCCGUGGUUAACGUUCCCACUACACAGGAGAUAGCAACACCAUCUCUCUCUGGGGGCGUCGAUACUGAAGUCUUCAUCGCGACACGUGAAUUUGAGUAG